GGAAGAUGGCCGCCGGGUGUGGCGCGGGCGACGCGCUGAAAGCAGCCGUCUCCCCCCUUCCCGGCCUCUGACACCGCCUGCGGCCGAGCGGGCCCGUUCCGCCCGAGCUGAGGGCGCCGUCCUCGGGGCCCGGCUGUGACACGGUCAGUGAGGAGAUAUUGAAAUAAAGAUAACUGCAGCUUUCUGUGAAAAUGUCAGUUCUGAUAUCACAGAGUGUUAUAAACUAUGUAGAAGAAGAAAACAUUCCUGCUCUGAAAGCUCUUCUUGAAAAAUGCAAAGAUGUAGAUGAGAGAAAUGAGUGUGGCCAGACUCCAUUGAUGAUAGCUGCUGAACAAGGCAAUCUGGAAAUUGUGAAAGAAUUAAUUAAGAAUGGAGCUAACUGCAAUCUGGAAGAUUUGGAUAACUGGACAGCACUUAUAUCUGCAUCAAAAGAAGGGCACAUACACAUCGUGGAAGAGCUACUUAAAUGUGGGGUUAAUUUGGAACAACGUGAUAUGGGAGGAUGGACAGCUCUUAUGUGGGCGUGUUACAAAGGCCGUACUGAAGUGGUAGAGUUGCUGCUUUCUCAUGGUGCCAAUCCAAGUGUCACUGGUCUGCAGUACAGUGUUUACCCAAUCAUUUGGGCAGCAGGGAGAGGCCAUGCAGAUAUAGUGCAUCUUUUAUUGCAAAAUGGUGCUAAAGUCAACUGCUCUGAUAAGUAUGGAACUACCCCUUUGGUUUGGGCCGCACGAAAGGGUCAUUUGGAAUGUGUAAAACAUUUAUUGGCCAUGGGAGCUGAUGUUGAUCAAGAAGGAGCUAAUUCAAUGACUGCACUUAUUGUGGCAGUAAAAGGAGGCUACACACAGUCAGUAAAAGAAAUUUUGAAGAGGAAUCCCAAUGUAAACUUAACAGAUAAGGAUGGAAAUACAGCUCUGAUGAUUGCAUCAAAGGAGGGACAUACGGAGAUUGUUCAGGAUCUGCUCGAUGCAGGAACAUAUGUGAACAUACCUGACAGGAGUGGGGAUACUGUGUUGAUUGGUGCUGUCAGAGGUGGUCAUGUUGAAAUUGUUCGAGCUCUUCUCCAAAAAUAUGCUGAUAUAGACAUUAGAGGACAGGACAAUAAAACUGCUUUGUAUUGGGCUGUUGAGAAAGGAAAUGCGACAAUGGUGAGAGAUAUCUUACAGUGCAAUCCUGAUACCGAAAUAUGCACGAAGGAUGGCGAAACACCGCUUAUAAAGGCUACCAAGAUGAGAAAUAUCGAAGUAGUAGAGCUGCUGUUAGAUAAAGGAGCUAAAGUGUCUGCUGUAGAUAAGAAAGGAGAUACUCCCUUGCAUAUUGCUAUUCGUGGAAGGAGUCGGAAACUGGCAGAACUUCUUUUAAGAAAUCCCAAAGAUGGGAGGUUACUUUACAGGCCAAACAAAGCAGGCGAGACUCCUUACAACAUUGACUGUAGCCAUCAGAAAAGUAUUUUAACUCAGAUAUUUGGAGCCAGACACUUGUCUCCUACUGAAACAGAUGGUGACAUGCUUGGUUAUGAUUUAUACAGCAGUGCCCUGGCAGAUAUUCUCAGUGAGCCUACCAUGCAGCCACCCAUUUGUGUAGGGUUAUAUGCGCAGUGGGGAAGCGGGAAAUCUUUCUUACUCAAGAAACUAGAAGAUGAAAUGAAGACUUUCGCAGGACAACAGAUUGAACCUCUUUUUCAGUUUUCAUGGCUUAUAGUAUUUCUUACUGUGCUACUUUGUGGAGGGAUUGGCUUAUUAUUUGCUUUUACGGUCGACCCAAAUCUUGGAAUAGCAGUGUCACUGAGCUUCUUGGCUCUCUUAUAUAUAUUCUUUAUUGUCAUUUACUUUGGUGGACGAAGGGAAGGAGAGAGUUGGAAUUGGGCCUGGGUCCUCAGUACUCGAUUGGCAAGACAUAUUGGAUAUUUGCAGCUCCUCCUCAGAUUGAUGUUUGUAAAUCCACCUGAGUUGCCAGAGCAAACUACUAAAGCUUUACCUGUGAGGUUUUUGUUUACAGAUUACAACAGGCUGUCCAGUGUAGGUGGAGAAACUUCGCUGGCUGAAAUGAUCGCAACCCUCUCGGAUGCUUGUGAGAGAGAGUUUGGCUUUUUGGCAACCAGGCUUUUUCGCGUAUUUAAGACAGAAGAUACCCAGGGUAAAAAGAAAUGGAAAAAAACAUGUUGUCUCCCAUCUUUUGUGAUCUUCCUUUUUAUCAUUGGCUGCAUUAUUGCUGGAAUUACUCUUCUGGCUAUAUUCAGAGUUGACACAAAACAUCUGACAGUGAAUGCUGUCCUCAUAUCAAUCGCGUCUGUAGUGGGGUUGGCCUUUGUGUUGAACUGUCGUACAUGGUGGCAAGUGCUGGACUCUCUCCUGAAUUCUCAAAGAAAACGCCUCCAUAAUGCUGCCUCCAAACUGCACAAAUUGAAAAGUGAAGGAUUCAUGAAAGUUCUUAAGUGUGAAGUGGAGUUGAUGGCCAGGAUGGCAAAAACCAUUGACAGCUUCACUCAGAAUCAGACAAGACUUGUGGUUAUCAUUGAUGGAUUAGAUGCCUGUGAGCAGGACAAAGUCCUUCAGAUGCUGGACACUGUCCGAGUUCUGUUUUCAAAAGGCCCAUUCAUUGCCAUUUUUGCAAGUGACCCACAUAUUAUCAUAAAGGCAAUUAACCAGAACCUCAAUAGCGUGCUUCGUGAUUCAAAUAUAAAUGGACAUGACUACAUGCGCAAUAUAGUUCAUUUGCCUGUUUUUCUUAAUAGUCGUGGACUAAGCAAUGCAAGAAAAUAUCUUGUAACUUCAACCACAAAUGGGGACGUGCCAUGCUCGGACACUGCAGGGAUACAGGAAGAUGCUGACAGAAGAGUUUCGCAAAACAGCCUUGGGGAGAUGACAAAACUCGGUAGCAAGACAGCUCUCAAUAGAAGGGACACCUACCGAAGAAGGCAGAUGCAGCGGACCGUCACUCGGCAGAUGUCCUUUGAUCUGACAAAACUCCUUGUUACCGAGGACUGGUUCAGUGACAUCAGUCCUCAGACCAUGAGAAGAUUACUUAAUAUUGUUUCUGUGACAGGGCGAUUACUGAGAGCCAAUCAGAUUACUUUCAACUGGGACAGGCUUGCUAGCUGGAUCAACCUUACCGAGCAGUGGCCAUACCGGACUUCAUGGCUUAUAUUAUAUUUGGAAGAGACUGAAGGUAUUCCAGAUCAAAUGACAUUAAAAACCAUCUAUGAAAGAAUAUCAAAGAAUAUUCCAACAACUAAAGAUGUUGAACCACUGCUGGAAAUCGAUGGAGAUAUAAGAAAUUUUGAAGUAUUUUUGUCUUCAAGGACUCCAGUUCUUGUGGCUCGAGAUGUAAAAACCUUUUUGCCAUGCACUGUAAACCUAGAUCCCAAACUACGGGAAAUUAUCGCAGAUGUUCGUGCUGCUAGGGAGCAGAUCAGCAUGGGAGGACUGGCGUACCCCCCGCUCUCGCUCCAUGAAGCGGCUCCCAGGGCACCGUCUGGGUACAGUCAGCCCCCGUCUGUCUGUUCUUCCUCCACCUCCUUCAAUGGGCCGUUCACAGGUGGGGUUGUGUCACCGCAGCCUCAUAGCAGCUACUACAGUGGCAUGACGGGCCCCCAGCAUCCGUUCUACAACAGGCCAUUCUUUGCCCCAUACCUUUACACGCCAAGGUACUACCCUGGCGGUUCCCAACAUCUCAUCUCACGUCCAUCAGUAAAAACGACUUUGCCCAGAGAUCAGAACAAUGGCCUAGAAGUUAUCAAGGAGGAUGCUGCUGAGGGGCUUUCUUCACCCACAGACUCCUUGAGGGAGAAGACUUGGACACGAAAGUUAAAGAUGCCGUGGCCGUGUGACUCUGGGUUUAACAAACAGAGACAGGGAUCAGGCCCAGCCUCGGGACCACUGAUAUCACUGAAUUCAAUGAAUGUGGAUGCAGUAUGUGAGAGACUGAAACAGAUAGAAGGGCUGGACCAGAGCAUGCUGCCUCAGUACUGUGCAACAAUCAAAAAGGCAAACAUAAAUGGCCGUGUGUUAGCUCAGUGUAACAUUGAUGAACUGAAGAAAGAGAUGAAUAUGAAUUUUGGAGACUGGCACCUUUUCAGAAGCACAGUGCUGGAAAUGAGAAACGCAGAAAACCAGGUGGUCCCUGAAGACCCCCGUUUUCUUAAUGAAAACCCCAGCAGCUCUGUUCCUCAUGGGGACUCUGCUCGUCGUUCUUCUCACAAUGAACUGCCUCACACCGAGCUUUCCAAUCAAACUCCCUACACCCUGAACUUCAGUUUUGAAGAACUAAACACACUUGGUCUAGAUGAAGGUGCCGCACGUCACAGUAAUCUAAGUUGGCAGUCACAAACUCGCAGAACCCCAAGUCUUUCAAGUCUCAAUUCCCAGGAUUCCAGUAUUGAAAUCUCAAAGCUUACUGAUAAGGUGCAGGCUGAGUAUAGAGAUGCUUACAGAGAAUAUAUUGCUCAGAUGUCCCAGUUAGAAGGGGGUACAGGGUCUGCAACAAUUAGUGGCAGAUCUUCUCCACAUAGUGCAUAUUAUAUGGGCCCGAGUUCAUCAGGGGGCUCUAUUCAUUCUAAUCUGGAACAAGAAAAAGGGAAGGAUAGUGAACCAAAGCAAGAUGAUGGAAGGAAGUCAUUUUUAAUGAAAAGGGGAGAUGUUAUAGAUUAUUCAUCAUCAGGGGUUUCCACUAGUGAUGCCUCACCCCUGGAUCCUAUCACUGAAGAAGACGAAAAAUCUGAUCAGUCAGGCAGUAAACUUCUCCCAGGCAAGAAAUCCUCAGAAAGGUCAAGUCUCUUCCAGACAGAUUUGAAGCUUAAGGGAAGUGGACUGCGCUAUCAGAAACUUCCAAGUGAUGAAGAUGAAUCUGGCACAGAAGAAUCAGAUAAUACUCCACUGCUCAAAGACGAUAAAGAUAAAAAAGCUGAAGGGAAAGUAGAGAGAGCGUCAAAGUCUCCGGAACACAGUGCUGAGCCAAUUAGAACCUUCAUUAAGGCAAAAGAGUAUUUAUCGGAUGCCCUCCUUGACAAAAAGGAUUCAUCGGAUUCGGGAGUGAGAUCCAAUGAAAGUUCUCCCAAUCACUCUCUUCACAAUGAAGCGGCUGAUGGUUCCCAGCUUGAAAAGGCAAAUCUCAUAGAGCUUGAAGAUGAAGGCCACAGUGGAAAACGGGGAAUACCCCAUAGUUUGAGUGGCCUGCAAGAUCCAAUCAUAGCUCGGAUGUCCAUUUGCUCAGAAGACAAGAAAAGCCCUUCUGAAUGUAGCUUGAUAGCUAGCAGCCCCGAAGAAAACUGGCCUACGUGCCAAAAAGCCUACAAUCUGAACCGAACACCCAGUACUGUGACUUUGAACAACAACAGUGCUCCAGCUAAUAGAGCCAAUCAAAAUUUUGAUGAAAUGGAAGGAAUUAGGGAGAAUUCUCAAGUCAUUUUGAGGCCUGGUUGCAGUUCCAACCCAACGGCUAUUCAGAAUGAAAAUCUGAAAAGCAUGGCACAUAAGCGAAGCCAGCGUUCAAGUUACACAAGGCUCUCGAAAGAGUCUGCAGAGCUCCAGGCAGUAGCCUCUGCUGAUAGCACAGGUUUUGGAGAAGAAAGAGAAAGCAUUCUUUAAGAAAAACAAGCAAAAGCAGAAUAGUAUUGCUGUACCCUUAUGACAAAAUUAUCCUGAAUUUUGAAUUAAUCCGUUCUUGUCACCUUUAUACAUUUCAUUCGUAGGUAGAUAGUAGACCCUAAGGCCUUUGGUCAAAGAGAUGUGUGCAAUAGAGGAAAGCAUAAGGAGUGAUGGGUUACCAGCCUCUGCUGUCUUUGUAAUUAGAAGCUUAAAACCUCACUACUAUUAUUAUAACUUUCAUUGAGACUUAUACCAUAAAUUUUUUGAGACAAGAUCUGAAUACGAGGAUAGGUCAGAAAUAUUUUACUAAAUUUAGAGGGCUUAAUUUGCCAAAGAAAACAAAAAGCUAGGGACCCCUUUUGUAGAACAUUCAGUCAUCAAACACUUCAGGGAAGACAUGAUGUUAGAGGAAGCAGAAGCAAAGUUUGCUCUUACAGGGUUUAAUCUAGGUAAGAUUUUACAGGUCAUGGAGUAGCACAGAGACUGAAUUGAAAACCACUGUUCUAUAUAAUAGACAAAUUGCUUAUCAAAGAGGUUUAAAAUAUUAAGUAGAAACUAUAUAAUGAAGAGGGCUUUAAAAAUGGGUAAGAAAGUGCGUCAGCAGUACCCAAAGGAGCAUAUUUGGGCCAUUAUGAGCUGUGGGGGGUGGGGGGUGGGCCUGAUAACCUCCGUGUUACCUGUUCUUCUCUCCAAGUCCCAGACCUGGCUUCCAGCACCAUACAUCUGUGCCGAAGAAGCCACCCUGGUCUGUUCUGCAGCUCUUUUAAUUUGUGCGCCCAACCUUUCUUAGUGAGCUUAGCAAUGAGAAAAAGAAAACAUGAAUUCUUUCUCUGGAGAAUCGGAGAGAAGGAUAAUAAUAGGCACUAAUAAAUAUUUGUGGAAUGAGUGAAUGAGGAAAUAAUUACAUCAAAAAGGUUAGUGACAAUUGCAAAAGACAAGGAAGUAUUUAAUCAGGUAAAACUAAAUCAUUGCCUUCCAUACCAGAGCAAGUUUAUCUGCUUCGUCUGUUCUAAAUCAGCAUGUUAAUUCUGGGGGAGAAUUGUAAGAAAGGAGAUAAUUUUUUUUUUUUAAAGUUUAAAAACAUGUAACAAAGCAAGGGUAAAGAAGAGAUAAAGCUGGUGUGACAAUAAAACUUUAUACUUUCCAUUUAUUCUUAGAUCACAUUUAAAUACUGUAUGGACUGGAAAUGUACCCUUUUAUCAUGCAUUGAAAUUGUUUUGUCACUUUAACAUAGCUGAUUUAUGUAGAAUUAAUUCUGGCAGUUUAUCCUAAAUCACAGAUUAGGAUGGUAGAUGAUGAGAUUGUAGAUGUGAGAUUAACUAGAUUCAGUGCUAUGUUGGCAAUGUUUAUCACUUAAUGGAUUUUUAUUAAUAUGCUGAUUAAGUUAUUUAUUUGGCCAGUCAUUGUGCUGGGUGGUUGCUCUUUUGUGUUUCAUUGCCUUGAUGUUUGAGUGUUUCUAGCAUUUUCAUGAAGUGUUUAUUUUGCAUGAUCUUUAACAAAUGUUUUAAGCAAUUAAAAAAAGAUAGGAUGUUAUUGACAUUAUAUAUUGAAAUGUUAACAUUUUAAUAUUUAUACUGUUUAUUAGUUUGCAAUAUUGUAUGAUUAGUAAUUAUUUCAGAGGCAAUAUUUUGUUCUUUUUCAGGUGAGUAGUUGCAGCUUGGUAUCAUUGCAGCACAGUCUUUAUACUGUUUGUGAAAUUAAUACUAGAGUAUUAAGUGUACAAAUAGAUUCAGAAAACAAUAAAAGAAUUGCAUGCUAUUCUGACUCAUGAAUUUUUAUUUACUACAGUGAUGAUGAUUCACAGUCUGAUUACAAAUGAAAAAGUAACUUGUAUGUUUGUUUUGUCAUAUGUCUAAGGUUGGUUAAAGACUUUUAGGUUAAUGUAUAGUCAUACAGUUGGCAGAAGUGUUCUGAACUGCUGCCAAGUAGUCUUUGUGAGAAAACUUGGCUCUUAAGUUCCCAGUGCCUAAAUAGUGCUCUCAGGGAGCAUUAGUGCUCAGCAGCACUGUACCGUGCACUUCUGUAGCCGUUAAGAGGUGAGUUAUCCAGCCCCUUAGAGGAGGAUAUCAAUUUGUUACAUGAACGUAUUAGAAAAGUUUGCUUUUUCAUACUGAUAUGGAAAUUGACAAACCAGAGGGGUUUUUGAGUCACACCAUCAUCCCUCUGAAUCUGCGUCUGUGCGUGUGUGUUCUAUAUCUGUUUAUAAUACACAGCACAGUCGGAUUCUCACAUACGCAAAACCCUGCUUUAAGCUGGGUGAAAAUGAUAGAAAAGAAAAUCGGUGCUGCAAUUUUGCUAAUCUCUUUGAUUCUGCCUCAUUUGGAGUCUUAUACUUCACAAACCAUUUUACCUUCACUUUAAGCCACAGAUAGUUCUGUUCACGUAGCAAGAUCCAUUCAACUUGGCCUAAGAAGUGCCACCUAUGACUGCAGCUGUUUCUCAGAAGAUUAGAAAUGAAAAGAAGCUGUUGAUAUCUUCGAAUUGAGACAACUUUCAUAGUGCUGGAUGCUGAAGGAUGAGCUUUCCUACAAUGAGAAAUUUAAGCAUUUGUAACGGAACCAACAUUUUCAAUAUUAAAAGGAAAAUUUGUCUUCAUG